AACCUCUGUGACUAUGUGUUAUCUGUGUCUGAGAACAUAACCUAAAAUAAGAACAUUUUAUAGCAGCACUGAAUAAUUUUGAUUACUUUAUUUCGCUCAUUAUUUAUUACAUGCUUUGUAUGACAAAAAUAUAUUUAUAUUAAGAAAAUAUUAUCUUUAUUUCUCUCUAAAGAAAAUGGGUGGGAUAAACAAAAACAGGAGGCGCAAUAAUAAUCGUAAUAAUAAAAAAAAUAAAAUAAAAAAGUCUAAGAAGCUAGCCGAGUUAAAAAACUUAUCCUCGGAAGAGCAAGAUCAGGAUUUGGAUCUAAACAAACAAGAAGAAAUUUCCACAAUCGCUCAAAAAAGACCUCAUGAUGAUGAUACUGGUAAUGAACAGAUACCCAAGAAAAAAAAGAAACAAUUUGUGGCAGCGGAGAGUUCAGAAGGAACUAAAAGUCAGAAAAAGAAAUCGAUACGUCAAUUAAAAAGGGAAAAAUAUUUAGAACGUUUAGCAGUAGCAGAAGCGGCAAAUAAAGACCAACUUAAGGAGCAGUGUCUCAACUAUUUAUCGCAAUGGAAACAUGAUCAACCUAACUGGAAAUUUAUGAAAGCUAAACAAAUUUGGUUAAACAAAAACAAAUUCUCAAGGACUCUUAUACCAGAUGAAUCAUGGCCUUUGUUAUUAGAAUAUUUGCAAUCUUCUAAGGGUAAUAUACGUAAUAUGCUACUUAACGAUGCAAAUAAAAUAAUUAAGGAAAUGGAAGAAUGGACAGAAUCACAAGAAAAUCAAGAAGAGGAAACUGCAGAUGCAGACGAAAUUCCAAAAGCAAAAAAGCCUGAUGAUGUAAUCUAUAAGAGAGCUAGAGAUUUAAUACAAUGCCUAGAAGAAUAAUACUGUUUGUUUUUUUUAUAUUUUUAUUCAACUACAUAUUGGUAACAAUGAAUAAUUU